ACUGAUGAUGACAACAGCAAUACUAGAAUUGCAACAAAACACAUUGGUUUUAUCUUUUACCUUUAGCCUGACAAAACAUCUAUCUUCCGAAAAGCGUGUUCAGUUUCGUUUAGUGCGGAUACCUGCCGUUCCAUAUUUUUUACUUUUUUCACCUGUAUUGUCGUUCCUGAUUCUGAAUCCGAAAUCCAAAAUAGGUCAUUCCAGGUAGAAACAACUUCGAAGAUGGCGACUGUCACAAUAGCCUCGUUGUUUAUACUUGUGUUCUUUGUGAACUAUGGGGAAGCAAUCUUGUGUCAUCGCUGUAUGAGUUCCAUGGGUGGCUGUGGGGACAGUGUUGUUUGGCGCAUGUACCCAUGGAAGGACUGUGGAGACAGCUUCUGUGUCAAGGUCAUUGAGAAAGUGCCAGGUGAAGAACCCAGGUAUAUUCGUGAGUGUGAGAGGAAUUUGUUGAAGUCCACUCGCCAUCGCCUAAGAAUGCCUGUUCUUCGUCGCCAUGGUUACUGCGUUCCAGCACGUAAGAAUGACCCUUUCAACCCUUUGGAUUCCAUCGACUCUAGAUUUACAUACUGCUUCUGCAAUGACUGGAAUGGAUGCAACACUGCAGUCUCAAAUACGGUCUCUAAAGUGAUGAUGUUUGCACUUGGAGGUCUAGCCACAUUUUUUGCUUACAGGAUUUUGUGAUAGCAGAAUUGCUUUGUCGAAAUCAAAGAGAAAUGACAAAAUUAGCCAGGUUUGAAGGCAGCAUUUUGGAGGAGUUUUUAGUGAAAACAACUGGCUAACCUGAUUUCACAUCCACAUGACACUUUGAUAGACAGGCCUUUCUUUUCCGAAGUUUAGAUUUAUCAUGAACAACAGAUUUAAAGAAAUUGUUUUGGUGAAGGUCAAUUGUUGUGAGUGCAUUGAUCUGGGAUCAUAAAUUGAAAUACUGGAUGAGGCAAUUGCGAGAUUUACAUUUUUCGCAACUUUUCUUUUUGGCUAGGGCACUAUUUAUAGAGCUGUAAUAGCCUUUGGGGGUCUUUUUGCAUGUUUUGUCCCCCCAAAUUUUGUUGUUCUGUAAAGCUGUCCCACCUUAUGUAGUUCUUACAGAUUUCUCAUACAGUAAUUUGGUUUUUUAAUGUUUCAGAGCAGUUUCUUUACUCAAUAGUUACAUGGGGGGGGGUCUUGGGGUUUUUUUUUCAUUAAAAAGAAUUUUAAACUCAAAAGUGUUUCUAAAUUUUUGUUUUCAAAGCAUCUUUAACCUUGGCUCCUCAAUCAUUUGAUACUUAGGUUUUGGGUUAGAAAGGUUGACAUAAUGUCCCUAUACAAGUGAAAUAAUUUUUAAAAAAUGAUUUUUGUUUAUGUUUAUGUUUUUCUAAAAAUAUGUUCCUGUCUUAUUUUUAAACACCUUUAUGCCCUGGCAUUUUUAGAAGCAAGCAAAUAAAGCUCCUUUUGGUGCCUAAAACUAAA